CGGGGAUUUGCCUCUUCUGAGCUGCUAGUCACAGAGCUGUGGCGUUACAAUCUGCUGCUGGUCCUUCUGGAGAACAGAGACCGUCUGCCACCAAGCAACAGAGAGUUUUCUCUGAGCAGCUGAUGGUGAAAAUCUGAAGAAGUGACUCCCAAAAAGAAGUGACUCAUUUCUCAAACUCUAUCUACUAUCAUGGCUGUAGUCCUCAAAUCCAGCCCCCUCCUAUGGGUACGCUUGGCAGCCCUGGUCUUCUCCUGCGUGGCCUUCUCCUUGGCAAUCCACGGUGCUAGACUCCACCAUGGCACAGGAGACUGGUGCAUCUUCUGCUGGGCCUUCAGUUUCGCCGGUACUCUUCUCGUCCUCCUUGUGGAGCUGUUUGGCCUUCAGACCAGAGCCCCUGUUUCCUGGAAGAACUUCCCCAUCACCUUUGCCUGCUACGCCGCCCUGCUCUGUCUGUCCGCCUCCAUCAUCUUCCCCCUCUACUUCGUCAAAGGCGCCUCAACCCAGGAUGAAGUCGGCAACUACCGCAUCGUGACAACGGUCUUCUCCUGCCUGGCUACCAUUGCCUACAUAACCGAGGUUAGCAUCAGCAAGGCGCGGCCAGGAGAGGUGGCAGGCUACAUGGCCACAGCCCCCGGCCUGUUGAAAGUCUGCGAGACCUUUGUAGCCUGCAUCAUCUUCGUCUUCAUCAGCGACCCGCCGCUGUAUGAACGUCACGAUGCACUCAAGUACUGCAUGUCCGUCUACUGCAUCUGCUUCAUCCUGUCGGCGGUCAUCAUCCUGCUCUGCAUUGGCGAGUGCACCGGCUGCCUUCCCUUCUCAUUUGCUCGUUUCCUGUCUGGCUACGCCCUGCUGGCAGUUGUUCUCUAUCUGUCAGCAACCAUCAUCUGGCCGGUCUUCAAUUUUGAUCCCAAGAAUGGCGGAACGAAACACAGGCCCUACAACUGCAGCUCUGGGAUCGGUCUGUGCAUGUGGGAUAAGUACAUGGCAGUGGCCGUGCUAACCGGUGUGAACUUUAUCCUCUACCUGGUGGAUCUUAUCUAUUCCACCCGCCUGGUGUUUGUCAGCUCUUGAAUGAAGGAAAAAGUUGUCAGGCCUGCAGUUAGCGUCACAUAAGAUUGAAUUUGGCAUGUUUGUAAAGGCUCUAAAAGGACUGUUUAAUACAGUGCUGCAAAGCAAAUACAUCUCAUCUGUUAGUUCAAUGCUAACAAUAAAAGCUACAAGAAGUUUUAGGCCAUAAUAAAGGCAGACUAAAGCCUAGUUCAAACCAAAGAUUUUUGAUAUAGCAAAACCGUUUUUCAUCAUUUGAGGAGACAGUUACACCUGUGGGAACUGAGCUCAAAUAUCGCCUGGUUUAGUUUCAUUGCAAGCCUGUAAAUAAUGGUGAAGAGAUUAGCUACGAUGUAGCUAUAACGUCUGUUUUAUCAGAACUGGACACAUUUCUUUAGUAAAAGAAGAGACCUGAAAGCUUUUCUGUGCAGAAAGGUUGUUUUGUUUUCCAUCCAGACAACCUUUGGCAUGACUUCACCAGCGGGCUCCAGUGACAGUUAGCAACUAUAAAGGCUGCCUGUCAAGUUCACGUUCUGUAGUUUGUUUUCCGGGGUUGUGCAGACAUAGUGUGAGAUAUGUUUUGAUGCUCUGCAGCUACAAGACAGGCAUGAAACUAAACCACCAGAAGUUGUUGCUAUGGAAACGAUAUAUUGUCUCUUCCAGUUGCAAAGGUGUAAACUGCCAGGCUUUAAGAAAGUAGCAAAUUUUAACUCGUGUUAUUGCGAAUCCUUGGUCUGAACUGGGUUUAAAGUUGGGAAAAUUUUAAAAACUUUGGUGUGUCUCUGUUCAAUGUGUUAGUUAACUUAUUCUAUUGAUCUGUAGUUUAAGAAUCACCAGCAAAGCAACAAAUCUUCAGUUAAAUUUUAAAUCAAAAGCUACCAUAAGAAAAGAGAGAGAGGCAGGCUGGCAAAAUGUUGGUACUUAAUGCUGUUGACUCAUUUGUACAAUUUAGACAACUCGGUAUUAUCUGCUUUUCUUCUUGUGUUAUAUUGAUGUUAACAUUUCUGGUAUCGUGACAAUCAUGUAGCAGACUGUUGAGUCAUACUGCAGCUAUCCAUCCAUUAUCAACACUGCUUAGCCCACUGGGGCUGGAGCCUAUUCCGGCUGUCACUGGGCGAGAGCCCGGGUACACCCUAAACUGGUCACCAGUCAGUCACAGGGCUGUCAUACAGAGGCACAAAAUCAGGCACUAUCACACUCACACCUACAGGCAAUUUAGAGUCACCAAUUAACUUAGCGAGUAUGUCUUUAGUGGUGGGAAGCCAGAGUCCCUUGAGAGAACCUGCAAACCCCAGACAAAAAGGCCCAGGAAACAAUUCUUGCUAUGAGGCAGCAGUGUGAACCCCUGCAGCCAAUACUGCAGCUAGUUUGCAGUAAAUUUGUGAACUGCUUUAAAUCUAUUUGUUGUCUGAAUUUUUCCUGGCAAGUUGAGAGUAAACUGUUGAUUCAAAGCAGAACAAAGCUGGAGUAAAGGUGCCCAGAGUUCUUGUGUAGCAGUUGACCCAGGAUGUACUAGAUAAUGCUUUGAAAGCACUGAAUGUGGCAACUUCAGCUGUCCAUUCUGAGAAUUAAAGCCAAAGUGUUUGUGUUUUGAUGACCCAGAACUCAAUAUUUUGCCUUUGCAGACCUGCCAAAUUUGAUUUGUACAGAGUGUACUGCCAGCCUGAGGACCACAGAGAGAAGAUGGAGAGGCUGGUGUUAAUGGCUAUGUUUACAUGUACAACAAUAUUCCUUUAAUUUACGGAGGCUUUUUGUUCAUGUGUCGGAGCACGUAAAUGUCAAUCUCAGAGGCCUGGAUAGACUCAUACCUUGACUUGAAAGACCUGAAUGUGAUUUCUGGAAUAUGCUGAUACUAAAAACCUUUCCUUCCCCAGUAAACCUUGUUACUGGUUAUCAUACACAAAUAACAAGAUUUGAUCAGAGGUGUAAUGGAUCUGGAUGUAAGUAAGCUAUAAAAAGAUUCUCAAGCUAAAACCCAAACCCAUGCAAACAUAGUCUGUAAGAACAACCAAAGAAAAUGGCGGCUCACUGUGUUUUUGUUUGAUUUGAUUUUUUUUUUUUUAUGUCAGUGCUCUGCCUCAAGUUUGUCUCCAUAACAGACUGCCACACAGUAUUUCUUUUUGCUUUUAACAGCUGAGGAACAAGACAUAGAAGGAAAAAAUGAAUGUUAAAGGAACCAAUAACAGUCGUUUAUGUGAAGAUUUCAAAUGACCUAUCAAAUGCAUCAAUGACCAAGUUUCAAACUUGUUUUUUUAUUGUUUUAAUAUGAUUUACUGACCACAUUGUAAUGAGCCCUGAGACUUUAAACUAUAAAACAAUAGGUCACAUGGCAUUGCUAGACUGAAUAAGAAAUGCUAGGCUAGCUACUGCUAUAAAAUAUGUGUAUCUGCACUGCAAGCUUCAGUGAAUUGCAAGAAUAUAUAUUUGGAUUCUAAAAUAGAUAAGGUGCACUUAAUAGUAGUAUAUUAAUGAUGUAAUGGUGUUUAAACUCUUGGUGUCUCUGAAUAUCAAAUGUUGUCAGUUAACACUUACAUCACUAAAUUCAUUGCUGAUUGGGUCUAUUGGCGUUGUACUGCUGUAAUCUCAGAGGAAUAAGGAUGCUCUUGAUGUUGUGUUAUAUUCAAUUUUUUAUAUUUCACUUUCUGUGUUUUGUGCAAAUCCACACCAGUGUUAAAGGAAAACAUAAUCCAGUGUUUAAAUAAAACCACAUGUAAAACAGA